UGGCAACGGUUUCAUCAUUUUAUUAUUAUUCUAUCACAACAAAGAAAUAAAAAAGACAAUAGCUAAAAUUUGCUUGUAAAUUACGAAAUACAGGAAAAACUCAUUUUAAGCGAAGCAAAGUCAAAAGAUAUACUUUUGAAAAUAAAAGAACACGUACCAAAACGCUUUCUUCUAUAAAUACCAAACGUACAGAUCCAUUGUUCGCUCUAUUGUUUGUCUCUUCCCCUGCCUUUGAAAAAUUAACAAAGAAGAAGAGUGUAAGAGCUUUGGAGAUUGUAGAAAAUUGAAAAAAAAUGGGGAGAUCGCAGAUCUGUAGUGCCUUAGCAAUUUUAGCUCUGUUUUUCUUCUCUUCAGUUUUGGCAGAUGACGUCGUCGUUUUGACCGAAGAAAACUUCGAGAAGGAAAUCGGUCAAGAUCGCGCCGCUCUUGUCGAGUUCUAUGCUCCUUGGUGUGGUCACUGUAAAAAGCUUGCUCCUGAGUAUGAAAAGCUUGGUACAAGUUUCAAGAAGGCAAAGUCUAUUUUGAUUGGAAAGGUUGACUGUGAUGAACAUAAGAGCGUUUGUAGCAAAUAUGGGGUUCAAGGUUAUCCCACUAUCCAAUGGUUUCCAAAGGGAUCAGUGGAGCCAAAAAAAUAUGAAGGUGCACGAUCUGCUGAAGCCCUUGCCGAAUUUGUAAACAGCGAAGGAGGAACUAAUGUGAAGAUUGCAUCGAUCCCGUCAAGUGUUGUGGUGCUAUCUUCAGAUAACUUCAAUGAAAUUGUGCUGGAUGAGACCAAGGAUGUAUUGGUUGAAUUUUAUGCACCAUGGUGUGGUCACUGCAAAAGCCUUGCUCCUACUUAUGAAAAGGUAGCUACAGCAUUCAGACAAGAGGAAGAUGUUGUUAUUGCAAAUCUUGACGCUGAUAAUCACAAGGAUCUUGCAGAGAAGUAUGGCGUAAGUGGCUAUCCUACACUGAAAUUCUUCCCAAAGGGGAACAAAGCCGGUGAAGAUUAUGAAGGUGGCCGAGACUUGGAUGACUUUGUCAACUUCAUCAAUGAGAAGUGUGGCACUAGCCGCGAUUCAAAAGGACAAUUUACUUCAAAGGCGGGUAUCAUCGAAUCCUUGGAUACAUUGGUGAAGGAGUUUGUCAGCUCCACAAACGAGGAGAAAAAAGCUGUACUUAGCAAGAUGGAAGAUGAAGCUGGAAAGCUGAAAGGUUCUGCUGCAAGGUAUGGCAAGAUUUACCUGAAGGUUGCCAAAACUUCCAUGGAAAAAGGAGUUGAUUACGCCAACAAUGAGAUUCAGCGGUUAGAACGCAUGCUUGCCAAGUCAAUCAGCCCCACUAAGGCUGAUGAGUUCACCCUCAAGAAGAACAUCUUGGCGACGUUUGCAUGAAGACCUUGCUAAUGUUGCAGCUUGUGAUACGGCCUGGCUAGGUACCUCCUGAGUUUUGCCGAAGGUCGAGAACUGCAUUAUCUGGUUAAUCUUCUCUUGGUACUUUUUUGUACUCAGGAAGUUUUGGAUACCACGGAUCUAUUGAGGCAUUUUGUUUAGGCCAGUAGCUAUAUCAACUUUAGACUUCAUGUCAGUUAUGAUUAUCAGCUUCUUUUGACAAAUAAUUAGUAAAGUAAUAUCAUCACGGCAUGUUAAUCUUCU